AUGAUUUGUUUGGAGAAGCUCAAAGACGUAGCCUACGACGUCGAUGACAUACUAGACGAGUGGAGGACAGAAGCUCUCAGAUCACAAGCCGAUCGAGGCGACAGAGGAGGCUGUUUCAAUAAGACAAAUGUAAGAAAAUUCCUCUCGCUUCUUUCUUGCUUCAACUAUAUUCAGUUACGCCACGAUGUUGGGAAUAAGAUAAACGAUGCGUGGAGACGAUUAGAUGAUCUCGCUAAAGAAGUGACUAGUUUGGGCCUGAGAGUAGAUAGUGGCGAGAGGGAGAGAGCAGACGGCGAAGUGAGAAGGCAUGAAUUCAGAGAUAGAGAAAUGGGCUCCCAAGUAGAUAAAUCCUCCAUUGUUGGCAGAGAACAUGAAAAAGAUGAAAUCAUCAGGUUGCUGACAAAGGGGAGAUCAAGAGAGGUAAAAGAGGUGCCUGUCGUUAUUUCCAUCGUUGGUGUAGGGGGCUUAGGCAAGACCACGCUCGCCCAGCUCGCCUACAACGAUGAGGAAGUGAAGGGGCAUUUCAAUAUGAGAAUGUGGGUCUGUGUUUCAGAGGAUUUUGAUGUGAGCCGGAUUACAAAAUCAAUGAUAGAGUCUGCAACCGGGUCUACUUGUGGGCUGCUAGAUUUAGCCCCAUUGCAAGAUCGCCUCGGUGGUAUGUUGCACGAAAGCCGAUUCUUGCUUGUGCUUAAUGAUAUUUGGAGCAAUGAUGGUGAGAUUUGGGAUAAACUGAGACUUCCUUUCCAAGCUGGUGCAUUGGGGAGUCGAAACGUUGUAACCACUCGUAGAGAAGAUGUUGCAUGGGCGAUGGCAAACACCCACAUGCUAAGAUUGGGUGUUUUACCCAACGAGCAUUGCUGGUCAUUGUUCAGUCGUCGAGCUUUUGCACAUCGGAGCAUCGAAGAGCGUUCUGAGUUGGAAGAGAUUGGAUGGGGAAUUGUAAAGAAAUGCGGCGGUCUGCCUCUGGCAGCGAAGACAAUAGGGAGUGCCAUGUGCUCGAGAAGGACAAGAAGCAAGUGGGAGCUUGUCUUGGAAAAUGAAGCAUGGAAGUUAGUUUACAUCUUGGAAGGAAUUUUACCAGCUUCGUUACUCAGCUACUAUGACUUGCCUCCUGCUCAGAAGCACUGCUUCACCUAUUUCUCUAUCUUUCCGAAAGAUUGGGUGAUAGAGAAGGAUGUGAUAGUCAAGCUAUGA